UCCCUUCUCCUGUUCUUUCGUUUAGAGCUUCUUGUUGAAGUGUUUCUCUAGUUUCUAAGCUUCUCUCCAUCUUUUCACAUUCCUGGACUCCUCUUCUUGAACCCCACAGUCACAAGCACAAUAUGGAUCUCCCUUCAGAUUGCUCCUCCGGCACCUCCACCUUCCAGCCGGUCAUGCAACGGAGGAUCCUCGCCUGCCAGCAAGAUCGCAGGCGCCUUAAGCAUCUCAUCUUUGAUCUCGAAGACCGCCUCGCUGACACCGACAAACACCUCGAAGAAAUCAAGGCUGAAGCAAGAACGAGCAACAGGGAGUUGUGGAAGUGUAUCAAGGACAAGGUGGACACGGCUUGGAAGUGCGCCAAGAUGAAGAUUUAUCUGGAGAGAGUUUUCGGGGCGCAAGAAAUCCAGAAAUUAUGGGGCUCCGAUGAGCCCUUGAUGAUCGACAGUAAAGAUCCUGGAGCACACUCUACAGAUACAUUUGCUAAGGCUGAACACUUGCUAAAGAACCAGGACAGCAUGGAAAUGAACCUUAAGAUAGAUGAAGGGGAGGUCAAGCUAUUCCUUGAAGGAAAUAAGAGCUAUACGGAGGUAGUUGAGUCUAGCAAGAUGCCACCAGGUAUCUGAGGGCAAACCCCAUGCAAUUGCUUCUGUUAAUGUGAGAAAAAUUUGUGCUGUCAUCUAUGAAGCAUUUGAUUAAGUAUGAAUUUUAUUGGAGUUGCCGGUAACUUUUUCUUGUGCAUCCAUGAAUCACAUCUUGUUUAGUCAUACAUAUGGAUGUUGUAUUUUCCUUGUCAAAAUAGGUACU